GAAACAGUUUGUGAAACAUCACACAACUGAUGAAAAAUUAAUAUUAAAGAAAGAUGACAUGACGAUGCUUCAUAAUUCGUCCUCAAUUUGUUUAAAAGGAAUAUUUCUUUUAAUAUUUCUAGUACCAAUAGCAUGCCAAUUAGCAUACCUUUCUGUGAAAUACGAGCCAACAAAUACUAAUUAUUUUGUAAGAUUUUCGCUCAACCAAUCACUCUUUUUACAAUUAUACAGCUGUUUCACUAGACGACAUACUUCUUGUCAAUUCAGAUACGAAUCGCUUAACAAUCAUAUUCUAGUUUCAAACCAAACAAACAAAUUAGACGGAACUGUUUACAAAUGCAAAAACAAUGCAAGUUCUCAGAAAGUCGUAUGUAAAAAAAGUCAAAGAAACUGCACAUUUGAAUGGUUACAAAAUAGUUUUGCCAUAUUGUGGAAUAACACUAAUGAAGAAUAUUUCAUUCAUCCUUCUAUCUCUAACUUUUCCCGAAAAUGUAACAAUAAAAACAUUACGUUUUAUUACAAUGUGGUAGGAACCACAACACAAAAGACAAUAUUAAUUCAUUCAACGUCAGAAUUUACAACACUACUGUCUACAGUCUCAAAGUCAAGUUUAUCUACAACAACAACAAACAACUCAACUAAUCUCGACCCUAAAGAAAACAAGAUUCCCAUUAUCCUAGGCACCAUUGGAGGUGUUGCUUGUUUGAUUCUUAUUAUUGUUUCUGCAGUGAUAAUAAUUAGACGUGUGCAACACAAUAAGUCAUUACUUAAAUCAUCAUCUACAGAUAUCAAUGCACUAACAAACAGUAACCCUAACAAUGACAAUGUUCCGACUAAUAACCCAGGACAUCAAUCCAGGAUAAAACGUAAUGAGAAAGACGCUCCAACACCAGCCAUCCUAACACAUAGUGAAAAUGACAGUGCCAAUUUGGAUAAUGGAUUUAAAUAUUUCAAUACUAUUGUUGAAGAUGACUACACAAGCAUAGAUGGCAACAAUCAUAACUCCCGUGUGAUAUCAACUGUGCCUAGCAAGCCAGAAACUGGUGGUGUUAUCGAUCGACAUUACACCAACAUCAAAACAAAACCUUCUGUUACAAACAAUGACACAUGUAUUCCAGUUAAUAAUAAAGAUGCGGCUAACUCAACUGACAACGCACAAACAAGGAAGACAAACCAUGAAGACUUAAUCCAAGAUGAUAAGAGCGACUACUCUAGAUUAGGACAAGAUAGCAGAUAUAUUUCAAACCCUUACGAUGGGUUAUUGGAGUUAAAUCAAGAACAAUCACGCGUCCAUCAGCACGAGUUGUCUCCCUACACUCUGGCUAAACCUAUACCAGGGUCGGCAACUCUACAGGUCAUAGAUGUCGGUGUUUGCAACGAUAAUCUACAGCCACAAACAGCAGCCAGCAAACACAGCGUCAACACGGAGCAUAACUACCACACUCUCGUCUAAAACUGACAUUAAGAGAAAUAUCUUCGGCUACACAGAAGUGAAAAAAACAUGUUGAACGUGAAUCGUCUCUGCAAAGUUUAAAAAUGUGUAUAGCGUAGAUGAAUCGAUCUAAAUCAAAUUUGAAUGAAAUAGUUCAAUUCUUCAUAUUCUAAAAUUAGAAGGUGACGCCAUUAAUUGUGUGUACUGUUCGUAAUUUGAACAAGUUGCGUCAUUGUUUUGUUGCGUUCUU